AUGAGCGAUAAUCAUCCACAGCUUCACAAUGACGGCUUCUUUUCCUUUCAAAAUUCCUCAUCAUCGAUUAAUUUAAAUUGUUGCGUUACUGCUGGUGAUGUGCAACAUAUAAAUUAUCUUGCUGAACAUAUAGGAAAUUUGUAUAUAACUGGUGAAUGCAGUGAUAUUAUCUUGAAGGUUGAAGGCCGCUCAGUUCAAGCUCACAGAGUUAUCUUAGCUGCUCGAAGCCAGUAUUUUAGAGCCCUGCUUUAUAACGGAAUGCGCGAAACGAGAGAUUCAGAAAUCGAAUUGGUGGACACUUCUUUGAAUGGUUUUAAAAUGCUUAUGAAGUAUAUCUACACUGGUAAGUUAUCGUUAACUUCAAUGAAGGAAGAACUAGUUCUCGAAAUUCUUGGUUUGGCACAUAAAUACGGUUUUACAGACUUAGAAAUCAGCAUUUCUGAAUAUAUGAAGGCUAUGUUGAAUGUUAGAAACGUUUGUACAAUAUACAGUGUAGCACAUCUGUACUCUUUGCGCUCACUUUGUGAUGUGUGUCUAAAUUUUGCUGACAAGCAUGCUCCUGAAGUUAUUUCGACUCAGGCUUUCUUGCAACUCCCUGCGAGUGCAGUUGAACAAAUGAUACAACGCGAUUCUUUAUGCGCUCCCGAAAUCGAUAUAUUUCGUGCCGUACGUGAAUGGAUUCGGCAGCAUCCAGAUCAGCAAGAAGAUGCACAAAUGAUUGUUGCACGGCUACGACUUUCAUUGAUAAAACUGGACGAUUUACUGAAUAUUAUACGACCUUCCGGUUUAGUUGCAAGUGAUGCGAUCUUGGAUGCCAUCAAGGAACGUAGUGAAAAGAAAAGCGGCGAACUUACUUACAGAGGAUUUUUGUUACCGAACGUGAAUGUGGUAACUUCCGCCUUUAAUGCCACUAUAUUGACUGGUGAAGGUUCCACCACUCUUCUCUCUGGCGAAACGAAUCGUUAUGAUAUGGAUCGUGGCUUCACGACUCAUGCUAUUGGUGAUAAAAAUCCCGGUAUCAUUAUUCAGCUUGGGCGCCCAUUCAUCAUUAAUCAUAUUCGACUGCUUUUGUGGGAUCGUGACCAGAGAUCAUAUAAUUAUUAUGUUGAAAUAAGUAUGGAUCAGGAGGUUUGGUUACGUGUCAUAGAUCAUUCACAAUAUCUUUGCCGGUCAAGACAAAUGCUCUACUUCACUCCGAGAGUUGUGAACUUUAUACGUAUCGUUGGGACGUAUAAUACAGUGAAUAAUUCGUUCCAUUUGGUAAGCGUUGAAGCAAUGUAUACAUUGGAGCCUUUCGAUAUUGAUCCUGUGACUACCUUACUUGUUCCAACUGCCAAUGUGGCAACAAUAGCAAACAACGCUAUUGUGAUUGAAGGAGUUUCACGCAGCAGAAAUGCUUUGAUAAAUGGAGAAACGAGUAAUUACGACUGGGACAAUGGUUACACUUGUCAUCAGUUAGGGUCUGGUGCAAUCGCUGUGCAAUUACCACAGCCAUAUCUUAUCGAUUCUAUGCGCUUACUUCUGUGGGAUUGUGAUGAUCGUCAUUACUCUUAUUAUGUUGAAGUAUCAUGUGACAAUACAUCUUGGACACGCAUAGCUGACAAAACUCAAGAACACUGCAGAGCAUGGCAGUUAUUAAGAUUUGAUCGGCUUCCAGUUGUGUUUAUUCGUCUUGUUGGAACGCAUAAUUCAGUGAAUGAAGUGUUUCACUGCGUGCAUUUUGAAUGUCCCGCUCAGCAGUCUGCUCUCACACCUUUGGAAACAUUUGAUGCUAUGGUCACUAUAUCAGCACAUGAAAGAAAUGAGGAAGUGGAUUCGGUACGAAAUGCAUUAUCCGCGUGUAUUUCCGUGAGUUCAUCAACUGAUUAA